AUGCAUUCCGCAACUUUUCACCUUGUACUGGAAAAGUUCAAGUCUGGCUUGAGUGAGAAAGAAAAGCAAGAAUUCGCAACAUCCACGCUGGAUGACGUCCAUAUUGCUAUAGAGAAGAUUCAACGCAAGCAGCAAUCUGAAAAAAGGCUGCGCGCCAUGAAUAAGCUAGAAUUAUUCUUGGAGGGUAUGAAGGAAUAUGAAAAAGUUGUGGCCGUCUUUCUCAACACAAGUGAAAUUCUGGCGUUCGUUUGGAUAGCCAGUACGUUCCAUGAAGCCUUUGACGCAUUGCUGGAUGCAUAUCAACGCAUUGGCGAGCACAUGCCUCUACUAGCCCAGUAUGAGGGCUAUUUCCGGAAUCAUCCGCAAAUGACUCGAGUGCUACGACUGAUGUACGAGGACAUACUCAAAUUUCAUUUCAAGGCAAUGAAGUAUUUCCAGAAGCGCAUGUGGCAACAACUUUUCCAAGCACUUUGGAAAAGUUUUGACACCGAGUUCGCUGCUAUACUCCGGGAUUUACGCGAACACAUGGCGUUGAUCGAAUCGCAGGCAACUGUGGCUCAGUUCUCUGAGAUACUUGCAACGCGGACGCUUAUCGAAUUACAAUUCGAUCGUGAUAGAGAGAAUGAAGUGCGCAAGCGUCGCAUGGUUGUUCACCAGUGGCUCGCUGCAGCCAACUGUGGUGCUGAUCAAGAGGCUUAUGCCAAAGUACGUCAAGAGCAUGCAGGAACAGGAAAAUGGCUUCUACAAGAGAACCGUUUUUGUUCCUGGUUCGACCCAAUCCUCUGCUCAACACAUAUGCUAUGGAUGAAUGGCAUUCCUGGAGCAGGAAAAACUGUUCUGGCCUCUUUAGUUGUCGAGGAAGCUAUGAAGCUGGCAGAUGUCCACGUGGCGUUUUUUUACUGUCGUUAUAUGGAUAGUGAACGUAACACGUUUCUUGCAGUUGCUCGUGGUAUCCUAUCUCAGCUGAUAUCUCAAGAUGACGCUCUAUUGUCGUAUCUCUAUGAAAAAGCAUCAACAAGUGGGCAGGUCACGCUUUCGCUUGAAGCGACAGCACGCGAACUACUCGAAACGUCAUUGAAGGCUUUUGAGAAGUUAUACAUUAUUAUAGACGGAAUUGACGAGUGUGAGGGCGAUCAACGUCAACAAAUUGUGUCAUUCUUCCAGGAUACAUGUGAUUCACUCCCUCCAGCCGAUAUGGAUUCGUUGCGGUGUCUGUUUGUCAGUCAAGACGACAAUAUCGCGAGGAAACACUUCGCCGGUGUACCAUCAUUAAAGAUUACGGAGGCUCAUACACGAAAAGACAUUGUUGAGUUUGUAGCGGGGAGGAGUAUGGCCAUCAAGCUAAAGUUUGACCUAACUACAGACCGGCAACAAUGGGUGCAGGAUCAGGUGAUGAAGAGUGCUGACGUCUCAAUCAAUUUGGAAGACCAGACCGUGGACUGGGAGCGUGACCAGCUCCGUGUGGAUUCAAAAGACUUGUGUGGGUCGUUGGUUAACAUCCAUGCUGACGGCACCGUUGUCAUUGUCCAUCAUUCCGCCAAAAAAUAUCUCCUUGACAAAAACCUCGUCAACCUUGGAUCGGGCGAGGGCAAUCUGGUUCUUCUGUGCAUAUCUUACCUUUGUUUUGAAGGGUUUGACGUUGAAGAUGAUAAUCGAAGCGUGCCUGAUUACAUCCCAUCGGGAUAUUAUGGAUUCAUGGACUAUGCGUACGCAUACUGGGCUCGCCACCUGGAUGCAUUCUUGCGUGUACAGGAAUCGAAAGACGCCCUAGAAGAGAUAUCUGAAGCGGCAGAAGUUUUCAUCGACAUGUACUGGGCGCAGCCCCGGACCAAGUCGGUACCCCCGAAAUCAUUCUUAGCAAGAUGGGAGGCACUUUCGAGCAAUCGCAAUUUUGACAAGCUCACUGUAGCUGCUCAUCUCGCACAAAAGCAGCUCAUUGCCUCAACCGCUCACUCUUCUGAUCUCCAAGUACUCAAGCUCCACCAUGCAUUGAAAAAAGUGCGUGAGCACCUUGAGCUGGAAAGUGCUUCAGCGAAUGGGGCGACGAAACUGCAAGCAAUGUACGGCGAGAACAUUUUCAAAUGUCCAAGAGUCAACUGUAUACGAUUCUACAGCGGCUUUGCAUCACAACAAGAGCGGGACGACCACAUCAAGAAGCACGAACGGUCCUUUUUUUGCUCUUUUCCGGGAUGCGCAAUGGCCACACUGGGUUGUAGCACAUUGAAGGAGCUCCAUAAGCACGAGACGGAAUUCCACAUGGCAUUUGAUUACGAUGACGAAGAAGCAGAAUAUCCCGAGUUGCCACCGCAGAAGGUGUCUUUUGAUUGCACAGAGUGCGAUGCCAAAUUUACUCGUAAGCAAAACCUUCAGAUUCAUAUGCGGAGUCGCCAUGCGGAGAGUGGGAGCAAGCCAGCAGCCCAUGUCUGCUCGACAUGUAGCAAGAGCUUUGUGAGAAAGGGCGAUCACACUCGGCACGUGACAACUACACACAACGAUGCAAAGUCAUUUGUGUGUGGGGGUAAGCUCGGAGACGGGUCUGAUUGGGGGUGUGGGCGUGUUUUCAACCGUGGCGAUAUGCUGAAAAGGCAUUGGAAAAGUGCAAAGGGCCAGGUGUGCAUUGUGCAGAAACAGGAUGAGGAAGAUGCCGACAAUGCGAGCUCGAGAGCCUCAUUACAGCCAUCGGCCGCAUCUACGCCUCGGCCCUAG